GCUUUCCUCUUGGCUUGGGUGGGAAGCAGCAGCAGCGGCAGCCUCUCGGGCUGCAUCUAAAACUCGGGCGCCUGGGGGGCUGCGGGAGGAUCCGGAGUCUGCAGCCGGCGAGAGGUGUGUCGAGAUGAUCGGUGGGGUGGGGGAGGGCGGAAAGAGGGGGGAGAUGAGCAGGGGAGGAGGGGGAGAGCGAGGGAUGGAGGAGACAGGGGGAGGGGGCAAGCAUGUAGCCCCCCCCCUAAAGAGACAGCUCCCCCCCCAAAAAAACCCCUUUCACCCAGAUCAAGUGGGGCAGGAGGGGCUCUGUGCUGCUUCUCCACCCAAUUCAAGAGCAGAGCCAGGAGGGGAUGGAUGGGGGGGGGUGUAGUGCAGAUUCUGCAAGGACGGGAGGCGGGGGGGGGGGGAACAGAGAGAGAAUGACAUAAUCCUGGGAACAAAGGAAGGGCACCGGCGCUGCCCAAUUUUUAAACUGGGUUUUCGCUUGCGUUUUCUUUGCCCUCCUCGUCCCUCUUUCCUUUCUUCGCAUUGCCUGUCAAUUGCAUAGAAAGCGUUAGAGAUGCCACAUAAACAACUACUGUAUGAGAUUAUGUUCAGCGGAUGGGGGCUAAGAGCCGUGCAGCUGCAGGCAGGGUUUGUGUGGCUCUAAGAGAGCUGUCCAGCACUCCUGUCAAACCGCUGCAGCCCCCUACCCCAACCCCUGCUUGCAUGUAUCAAAAUGUUGAAAGGAGGUUGGGGCCCUCAGCCAGAGAAUAAGCAGGAAGAUUCACCAACACCUGGCAGCUCUUUGCUGGGGGUUUUUUUGCAGAAAGUUGGUCUGCAGAUUUUGCUCCCUCCCACCUCAGACUUCUGUCUCUCCGCUCACACCCCUUGACACUUCCUUCAGUCCCCAUAUGUUAUCCAAGGAGCACAGCUGAGUGGUGGGACAUCUGCUCUGCCUCCAGAAGGCCCCAGGUUCAGUCCCUGGGAACUAAGAAUAUACAAACAUAAGGAAGGCUCUGCUGAAUCAGGCCAGUGGCCCAUCUAGUCCAGCAUCCUAGUCUCACCGUGGCUGGCCUGUGGGGAAACCUGCGAGGAACAGCGCAUGAACACAGGAGCACCUCCCCACACACCUUCCUGUGGUUUCCAGCAACUCGUAUUCAGAUGCAUUUUUGCCUCUAACUGGAGCAAAACCAUCUGGGGGGGGGGGGGGAGACCCCUGCCUGAAACCCUGGAGACCUGCUUCUGUGUAAGGCAACUUCCUGCGUUCCCGCAUAAUCCAGCGUGUUGGCCCUUGCCCUCCAUGCAUGCCACCUGCUUCCUGCCACAGCCCUCUUGUGAUCAUUCACACAAUCUUUGAGCACACCUUUUUCCUGUCACCUCUCGUUCCACUUCUUUGCAGACGGCCUCUGUGUCUGUCCUGAUUUAUGACUCCCAGCUGUUCAGAAAGUGUGUUUCAUGGGAUGUGAAGAUGAAGAUACUCCCCCCCCCCCUUAGUUAAAAAUGUGGAACAUUUCUCUGGACUUGGCAGAGCUGGGCGCUGGCAACUGGAAUCCUUGGGCGGUUUGCAGGACCCAUGCUGCCUGGUCUAACCCCCCUCCCCCCGCCGCCUUAAAUUUCCCCCCUUGGUGCAAUACUCCUGAACUUUGGAGCAAAUAACUCUAUUGCUGUUGUAGCUGGACUGGCCUUCAGGUCUGUCUCCAAUCCCUGAUCAAAGUGUUGGGUGCGACUUCUUAGAGCCCUAAACAGCUUAGGACGAGGAUUCCUGGAGGAUGGGAUCCUGCCACCUGCCCAUGCCUAUUGACUUGAGCCCAAACAGGGGAAGGUUCACUCAGCAUCAGAGACGCAGUUGUACAGAACACGGGAACAAGCAUCUCUUUCAAAUUACAGAGUUACUCAGUUACUCCCUACAUAGCGGAAUGGCACCAUCCGUGAGUCUGCCUCUUAUGUUUCUGGCCGAGUCACUGCUCUGGGCUUGCAGUCAGGCCUUCUGUGAGGAUUCAUACUGGAGAAAGCAGUCUUCCUACAGUAAGAGUAAAGAAUCUUUAUUCCCCUCCCUCCUGCAGGUGCAAAGCACAAGAAGACAUUUCCAGCUCCUGUAUCUUGCCCUGAAGACCCUGAAGGCUCUGCUUGGAUUGGGCCAUUCGCCUUGCGACACCAUCUUGCAUCCUGCCAGAUGAUUUCCCAUCUCUGCUGUGGACUUAAGCUUCCAUUUGGUGGCUAGUUUUACCAGAAUACCUGCUCCGAGGAAUUGGGGGUGGGCAGGCACCCCCACCCACCCCCAACUGGAGCCUGCCGACAAGCCCCCUUCUCCCUGCAAGUCUGUCUGCUCCCCUCCUUUACCUCUGCUUUUGGGGAGAGGCAAGAGGGUAUCAAUCGGGUGGCCAGAUUGGGCCCACGGGCCUCGCCUUGCCGACCUCCGACACGAGACAGGAAUUUCCCUUGUGGGUUGACACAAUAUGGCUACGGGGAGAGGGGAAACGGCUGCCCUCCACCUGCAGUUCCAGGGUGCUCCAGAACCAGGAAUGCAGCCAGCGAUGAAAAUGGAGGCGCAAGACCCAUCUGGUCACGAACUAGGGGGAGGGGCAGCUUCCCGCUUCCUUCCGGUUGGCUCCAUGCGGGAGUUUUUGGCCGGGGAAGCUCCUCAGCAGGUGAAGCAGGAGCCGGACGAGGGUCUGCAGCAGCACUGGGAGGCCCAGAGGCAGGAGUUCCCCAAGGCAGUGCCCUAUCCCCAGCCAGGGUGGCGGAACCCACCACUGCACAAGCCCUUGCAGUGGGACACCAAUUCAUUCCAGACCUCCUAUGAGGCAGCUGCCAACCCGAGCCAGUGGCCCCCCGGAGGGUGGGUAGCCCAGAGCCUGCCGGGCCUCAGCCGGGAAGCCCAGCCAGUCUACGGUGGCUCAGGGCACCGAGAGCGAAGGGGCUAUGGGAGUGUGAAGGAGGAGACCCCUGGUGAUGACACGGUCAGCAUGGAGGUGCGGCGCCAGCGCUUCCGACGCCAUCGCUACCAGGAGGCCGAGGGGCCCCGGGAAGUCUGCCGGCAGCUGCAGGAGCUCUGCCACCAGUGGCUGAGGCCCGAGAGGCACAGCAAGGAGCAGAUCCUGGAGGCCGUGGUCGUGGAGCAGUUCCUGACAGUCCUGCCCCAGGAAAUCCAGAACUGGGUCCGGGAGCACAGCCCAGAAACCUGCGCCCAAGCAGUCGCCUUGUCGGAAGACUUCCUGAUGAGGCAGCGAGAAGCCCAGAGAAAAGAGCAGCAGGUAAUUUUUUUUUUUUUUAAGGUUCUCUAAUAAAAUGGGGGCGGGGAAAGAAGAGACAACUUAUUUCCCACACCCCAUUAUGUGAAAACAAAAUGCUAGACCAGAAGGAAAUCCUGGAGGAAUGCACAGACUGUACACUCGUUGAAGAUUACAUAGGAAUAGUGUAUGUGCAGUUUCUGUACACUGGUUGUACACUCACUGAACGUAAUGUGUGAAUAGCCCUAACAGACUGCAAACUUUGUGUGUGUUUGUACGGUUGUGAAAUAAUGUAAGAAACAGGACCAGCUUUAAUGAAAGCAUUUAGGAAAACCAUUAAGUGUGUGUGUGUAUACUGCUGAUGACCGCUGAGGAGCCUCCAUGCUCAGACGAAGUGUACCUUUGAACACCGGUUGCUGGGGGAUGGAGAACAGUGGUGGGUUCUUGCAUCAGAGGCUUCAUCAGAGGUUUCCAAAAGUUUGUUUGCCCCUUUUGGGAACAGGAAUCCAAACUAGACGGACCUUUUGUCCAAUCCAACAGGGCUGAAUGCCUUAGAACAAGAAGAACAUAUGUUUAAAGAAGAUUGGAAAAUGUUUAUUGAAUAUAUAGGGAGAAAUUGUGUACAUUUGAAAACAUUGGCAGCAUUAAGAUAAAUUCAACAGUGUAAAUAAGUUUUGACGGAUGUGAUAUUGGAAUACUGAAUGGUUUAGUUCAUGUAAAAUAUGCAGCAAUUUACAGUAUGCGAAAUGAACCAUGGAAAGAGAAGAAGGGAAGUCAUUGAUAUUUUAGGUAAAGGUAAAGGGAGCCCUUUGAUGAUGGGGUGAGCUCCUGUUGCUCGGUCCCUGCUCCUGCCAACCUAGCAGUUUGAAAGCACAUCAAAGUGCAAGUAGAUAAAUAGGUACUGCUCUGGCGGGAAGGAAAACGGCAUUUCCGUGCACUGCUCUGGUUCGCCAGAAGCAGCUUAGUCAUACUGGCCACAUGACCCGGAAGCUGUCUGCGGACAAACACCAGCUCCCUUGGCCAAUAAAGCGAGAUGAGUGCCGCAACCCCAGAGUCGGUCAUGACUGGACCUAAUGGUCAGGGGUCCCUUUACCUUUACCUUAAAGGAUACCUAUUUAUCUACUUGCACUUUGACAUGUUUUCGAACUGCUAGGUUGGCAGGAGCAGGGACUGAGCAACGGGAGCUCACCCCGUUGCAGGGAUUCGAACCGCCGACCUUCUGAUCGGCAAGUCCUAGGCUCUGUGGUUUAACCCACAGCGCCACCCGUGUCCCAUUGAUAUUUUAAGGUUGUUUAAAUGAAUAUUCUAACAUAUAAAACAGAAAUAUUUAAUAAAAAUUCUAUACAGUCGUACCUUGGUUCUCAAACGCCUUUGUACUCGUACGUUUUGGCUCCUGAACACCGCAAACCUGGAAGUAAGUGUUCCGGUUUGCGAACAUUUUUUGGAAGCUGAAUGUCCAACAUGGCUUCCACUUGAUUGCAGGAAGCUCCUGCAGCCAAUCAGAAACCGCACCUUGGUUUUCGAAUGGUUUCAGGAGUCGUACAGACUCCCGGAACGGAUUAAGUUUGAGAACCAAGGUACGACUGUAUAUAAAAAAAAGAAAAACCCAUCACUAAAAUACAAUUUGACAUUGGUAGAAUUAAAACUAUAAACACGUAGGUAAUGUUGGUCUGGUCUGGUUUGAAUGGAGAGUCGUUUUGCGGCACAGAGUUUCUUCCAAGCAGCAUCGCCAGUCCCUCCCUGGCCUGAUCUUUCCUCUUUGCUCUUUCCAGGCUCUGUGGACGUUUGAUGAGGUGGUGGUGAACACCCCCAUGCCGCAGCAAUACCCCUCUGUGGCGCAACAGGUACACUACCCUACAGUGGCGCUGCCAAUGCAGUACCCGCCCCUGGCCCAGCCGGUGGCGUUUCCUGCCAUCGGACCACAGGCUCCGAAUCCUGUUGUGCCAGAGAGAGCACCGCCCAAUGCCGGGAGAACGCUGAUCUGCCGGGAACCUGUGCCUGAGGGAGGCAGGAGUCUCAGGCCGUAUGGUAAGGAUUCUUUGAGGCAGCUACACCGGAGUUAAUUUUGAACACUUUGUGGGAGCCCAGUCUAAGGCGUCUCUGGUCCUUCAAGGUCUAUGGCAUGAAUCAGACCUCUGUCUCUGGAGAAGGGGGGAGUCUACAGAUUGUUGGAUCUGUUUUGAGCAUAAGAAGAUCUCUGCUGGAUCAAGUCCAGCCUUCUCUUCUCACAGUGGCCAACCAGAUGCCUGCAGGAACCCUUCCAGGUGGGACCUGAACACAACAGCACUCUGCUUCCUGGGGUUUCCAGCAUUCAGAAGCAUGCUGCUUCCGAUUGUGAGGGCUAGUAGACUUGCCCUCCUUGAUUGGGUAUUGUGGUGUUCACACAGGGUCCCCGGACGUUUGAAGGUCUAUUGAUCCCUGUGCCGCUACUGUGCUCGCUUCCCCGCUGCCACCAACCCGUUACUCUCGGGUAAAACACUGAGUCCAGACAGUUGUUAAAAUCGAACCAAAUAAACAAGUUUAUUUUAUAAACAUUAACAAGUUUAUGGUUUCUCAGAUAAAAUUCCUGUCAGUAUCUUAACUUUAGUUUCUUUACCGGCCUAUACCUUCCUAAUACCAUCUGACUCAACUGUUUGACUGACUCCUCUUAACAAAUUCUCUCUCACACACAUCAGACUAGCCCAACCCGGAGACUUAUCCUCUCUGUCUCUUCUAACUCCAGACUGUCUUCUCAACCACCCUAACUCGAACUCCAACUCCUCCCCUUGGGUUCCCAUUGGUUAGUCAUUUUACAAUUAGUUAACCCUUUCCUUAUGAACCCAGUAUGAUGUCACACACCUAGGAGGGCAAACGCCACAUGUAUAAUCCUCUUUUAAAGACAUUUAAGUUGGGGGUCUUCACUGCCUCCUGGAGGACCAAGUUCCCUAGUUCUACUUUGCCCUACAUGAAGUACUUGAAUCCCCCAACAUUCAGUUUCAUUGGAUAUUCGUGAUAUGAGAGAGGGAGAAAAGCUUUUCUCUUAUCAACUUUGUCAACAAACUUGUGUCCUGUCACCUCUUGUCUUUUCUCUAAACUAAAAGGUCCCAGACACUGCAAACUUUGGUCAUGAGCAGUAUAAACCUGGAGCUCCUCUCUCACUUGGCAUAACUAUGCAACUGUCUAUAUAGAGCAUAGGCAACCUUCGGCCUGCCAUAUGUUUUGGCCUACAACUCCCAUGAUCCCUAGCUAACAGGACCAGUGGUCAGGGAUGAUGGGAGUUGUAGUCCAAAACAUCUGGAGGGUCGAAGGCUGCCUAUGCCUGGUCUAUAUGCUAUUUGCUGUAAUUCCAAUUCAAGCUUUUGAAGCUUGAUAUGUCUAUUUUUUGGACCCACCUUAUUUCUUUCAGUUGUUUUAAACUGUUUUGAUAUUGUCUCUUAUUUGCCCUGGGACCUUAGAGUGAAGGGACUAAAACAACAACAGUGAUAAAACUAUGUGGCCUCGAGUUUUGGGGCUGGGAGGGGGGGACUGGUGGAAUCCUGCUUUUGUGUCAGUUCAGGUGAGCAAAACAAAAAUUCCAUGUUGCUCAAGUUAACAGCCGGCAGUCAGUCUCCAGAGAAGUGUCGCACACUACAAGGGAAAAGGGAACCAAAGGAGGACAGGAGGUGAAGCCAAGAGAAGCAGGCUCUGGCUGAGGAACUCCUCCUGAAUUUGCCGUCAAAAUCUCUGAAUGGAUGAGGACCUGGGAUACAGAGAGCUUUUAUAUUGCAGCUCCCAGUUAGAAGGCCAGAUUAGGAACCAAUCCAGAGAUUCCUGCAAAGAAAGGCAGGUAUGGUGCUUCUGAGGCCUACACUUCUUUGUCUCAACUGUUUGGGCCUAUUUUGCAUUGUUGUUAAGAGAACGGUGCCUUCGUGGGGCGGGGAGCCAGAGGCGUAGUGGCUUAGGUGUUGUACAUCUGAAGGAGCGUCUCCACCCUCAUUGCUCAGCCCGGACACGGAGGUCCAGCUCCGAGGGCCUUCUGCCGGUUCCCUCACUGCAAGAAGUGAAGCUACACAGGGGUGUCCAAACUUUUUUCAAAGAGGGCCAGAUUUGAUAAAGUGAACACACGUGAGGGCCAACCAAAGUUGUUGACAAAUUGUUGAGCUUUUUUUAGGAUUUUACUCCAGGAAAUAAACUGCCACAGGGGCCAGAUUAAACUGACCAGUGGGCCAGAUUAAGCCCCCAAAGCAGACUUUGGACAUGCCUUCUCAGUAGUGACGCCCGCCCUGUGGAACUUUUUAAUGUUUGAUCUUUUAUCAUGUUUUUAAUGUUCUAUUAUUAUUAUUAUUAUUAUUAUUAUUAUUAUUGUCAUACCGCUUGUUACGUUCGGUUCAGGUUACAUCUUUUCAGUUUGCGUCCCGUGGCGACCUGGAAGUACCAGAAAGGGUUACUUCCGGGUUUCGCCACUCAUGCAUACUCUCAAAAUGACAUGACGCGCAUGCGCAGAUGCGGCGAAUCGCGACACACGCAGAUGCGGGUUGCGUUCUGCUCAUGUUGUGAACGGGGCUCCGGAACGGAUCCAUUUCGCAACUAGAGGUACCACUGUAUUAUUAUUAAACACGUGUCCCAAACAGGGAAUCUACUUUAUGUUUUUGUGUGUGUCCCAACCUAUGCAGGCCCCAUUCAAGAAUUCCGGAGGCCCCUCACAAACGCAGAGCGGAUGCGGAACCGGCGGAUGCGGAACCGGAAGCAGCGCCUUGAGACCAGCAUGCAGCUGGUGGAGUCGGCUUCAAGGGCCCCUUCCAUGCUUUUGGACGCCAUGCGCGGCUUGCACCGCCAGGACCUGAAGGCCUUUGACAGGGCCAGGCAAGAGGAGAGGCAGCACAGGAAGCAGGAGAGGCGCCAGGACAGGGCCACGGCCCAGCUGAUGGUCAACGCCAUUGAGCGCUCCCACAACGACCUGGGCGAGUUCCUGGGGAGGCAAACGGCCACCAUGGCGGCCAUCGCGGCAGUCUUCGCCGGCCAGAGGUCUCCGUCGCAAGGAGCGUCCCUUGGCUACAGCUCGUACCAGGGGAACAGCAACCCACCUUGGGGCCCGCCGGAAGCUGGGACCCCUCUACCGCCCGGUCACGUGCCCGGCAUGCCUUCAGAGCCCGUGGCAGGCCCAGCCAUUCCGUGCCCGGUGCCUCCUCUGGCCACCCCAGGCGGCAUUUGCAACCCCAUCCCAGAACCCCCUCCUACAGACGGACCACGAGAGGAUGCCGCUCCAGACUCACCCACGCCAUCCACUUCUGACACCGCGUCGCGUACGCUAGACACGCGGCCGAGCAGAGGGACGAAAAGGAAGAUGUGGGAAUGACAAGGGGCACCCUUCCCCUCUUGUAGUUUUCAUUUGGAUUUCGAUGGGAUUUUCUUAAUGGGCAGGGCUGCCAGAACCCUGCUCUUUUCCCAUCCACCUCCCACUUACCCUGGUUUUAACAGGACAGCCCGUCUAUCUAUGCAAAAAAAAACCAAAGGGGGCAAAAAGCUGCAUGGUCAGGUUGCAUACUGGUAGCCAGUGAGAGCUGUAGGGUUCAGAGCGUGUGCCGUUCCAACAGAUAAAAGAGGUGAGUUUUGAUCCAGGAGACCUGGGUGAGUGGACCAGUGGACCCACUGAGGCAAGUCAAAUCUGCCUUUCUGUAAAAUGGGAAUAACCAGCCUACCUCGCAAAAGUGGUUGCGGAGGGGUGCUUUGCAAAUGCAAGAGCCCCAUAAACACAUGCAAUGUUGACUUGGUUGUACUUAGCAAAUCAAUCUCUAUUGCUUAGAGAUUUUUUAAAAAUUGUAAGAGGUGGAGAAAUGCUAUUAAAUAUUAAAAUAAUAAUUUAAAGGAGGGCCAAGGGCAAGAGCUGUUCCAGUGAAGCAGUGUCUUGUGCCAAACCCUUCAGAGUGGCCCAGUCAAUACGGCAAUUUCUUAGCAGUGUUUUAUUUAUUAUAUGAUAUUUAAAUGUUUUUUAAUACCCCUAUAAUAGCUGUCCGUAGUGGCUAAUCAAGCCACAAAGUUACAACAGUAUUUAUUAUGAAAUGAUGUACCCAUAAUUCAAAAAGAGAGUAUUUUAAACCAGAAGCCAACAAAAGAUUUUACAAAGAGAGCGGUGCAGCAGAGAAGAACAUUGUACAAUCUCUAUUGGGCUUGUCAUCGGUGCUAUCCCAUGAGGAAAGUCAGCAUUAUACCCAUUUUACAGAUGGGAAAAACUGAGGCUCAGCAUAAGUAGUGAGGUAUUUUUUGUUGUUCCAAGCUCUAAUACUUUAAUUGUCGUCGUGAAAAGCGACACGCUGGGUGGAGCCGCUACACCAGCUUCCCUGCAAGGUGGGUUGCUGCUGCUUACUGGGAGAAGGUGGAGAGAAAGAAGGCAAAGAAGUGGAUGUGCUGCAAAUGUACCAGUGGAGCCCAUUGGGUGCUUCUGCUGGUGCUUUUGCACCACAUUGACCUCUCCACCUCACUUUUAACUGAUCCUCCUGCUUUGAGCUGCAGCCAUUAGCUCAGGGCUGGGGGAACUUUUGGACCUCCCCCCAGAUGUGGCUAGAUUAGGGCUCCUCCACUGUCUUCCGAGACGGACGGAUGCCAAUCAACAACAGCACCCAGGCCAGUUUCCCCUCCUUUUUUUUUUUUUGCAAUUCUAGAUUCAAGCGCAGCUCGGUUUUUCCUAAGCCAGGCUGGCUUCCUCACCGAAAUGUACCGAAGAUGUCAAAACCAGCCUUUCCUUCACCAGAAGCAGCAACGUCUUUUUUGAGACAAUCUGUCUUUUAAGAACCCCGGAGGUUUCCCCCCUCCCCAAGACUGGCACUCGAGACUUGGCAUUUUGGAGCCCUCCUGGACCACGCCGUUCAGUUUUGAUGGAUUUUUUAAAAUAAGUACUGUUUUUAAAUGAACUCUGUUAACCUGUCCAGCUUGCAAAACGUGUAUUUAUUUGUAAAUGUAUUCUGAGCUUUUUAAGUG